AUGCACACUGGGACGAUCCAGAACCUGAUUCUUGCCUUGUUUACAAUGCACACUGGGACGAUUCAGAACCUGAUUCUUGCCCUGUUCACAAUGCACACUGGGACGAUCCAGAAUCCUGAUUCUUGCCCUGUUCACAAUGCACACUGGGGCAAUCCAGAACCUGAUUCUUGCCCUGUUCACAAUGCACACGAGGGCAAUCCAGAACCUGAUUCUUGCCCUGUUCACAAUGCACACUGGGGCAAUCCAGAACCUGAUUCUUGCCUUGUUCACAAUACACACUGGGACGAUCCAGAACCUGAUUCUUGCCCUGUUCACAAUGCACACUGGGACGAUCCAGAACCUGAUUCUUGCCCUGUUCACAAUGCACACUGGGGCAAUCCAGAACCUGAUUCUUGCCCUGUUCACAAUGCACCCUGGGACGAUCCAGAACCUGAUUCUUGCCCUGUUCACAAUGCACACUGGGACGAUCCAGAAUCCUGA